AUGGACGACGCACCAUUACCCUCCACGCUGGAGGUGAAUGCGUUGAGAGACUCAUUCGGUGAUCGAAAGCCACCAGAUAUCACUCGAAAGAUCACUGCUUGUGUUGCUUGCCGAAAGCAGAAGGUCAAAUGUCAUAUGCGUGAUGGCAAGGUACCAUGCUCACGGUGCAAAAAGAGGGGAUUGCCAUGUGCUGUCAAUCGAAGCUUGCAAACUCUACUCGAGCAGGAUGUGACGUGGAAAGGAGCAGUUGUCCAGAAGAUCAAACGGCUUGAAGACGCUAUCGCCAAGAUAGCUACCAAGGUUGAUAUCCCUGAACUGGGAACAAAGACACAAAAUGAGGAUCACUUAGACUCUAUGAGUCCACCCGCAGUGGACAUGACCAACGCAGACAUAGCAAGCCCGACUCCAGAAUCCCCAGUCCAGGAUGAGCAGCCAUCAAAUAACACCUGGGGGGGACUCGCAUUAUUCGAUACCUACCACCUCCGUUUGGAUCACUUUUUAUAUAGGAUCCUUGGUGACCACAUCAGCUUGGACUCAGUCCGCAGUGCCUCGCCCUUGUUGACAGCGGCGGUUUGCACUGUGGGUGCAUUACACUCGCCUUCUCAAGGCCAGCUCUUUGAAACUUGUUACUCGGAAUUCAAAGGCUUGGUUUCAAGUCAAAUAUUUUCGCAACAUGCAAACGAAGACGACAUUCGAGGGUUAUGUAUUGGAGCAUUUUGGCUGCACGAACUGUCUUGGGCGCUAAUUGGGAAUGCUGUGCGGGUUGCAUCUGAUAUAAAUCUACAUAGCGGAAUUUACAAGGCUUUGAAGGGCGACCGAGAAGGUUAUACGCAAGCCCGCCUGUACUAUCUAGUCUAUGUCUGCGACCACCACUUCUCGAUCGCAUACGGCAGGCCUCCAAUGUCGCGCGAGGGGUUCAUUAUCGACUCCGCAAGUAAAUUGCUCGAAACAGAGAAUGCGACCGAGGACGAUGCCAGACUAGUCAGUCAGGUCAAGGAGUGGGCCAUAUUGGGUCAAAUAUUUGACACCUUUGGCGUGGACGUCGACACAGCUAUCCAUCCUCACAUAAUUCCGCAGCUCCGCCGGUACUCAAUCGCGUUGGAUACCUGGUACGCUGACUGGAUUGAAAGCUUUCAAGAGAAUCGCCGAGUGGGAAAUUACCCGGCCAAAGGGGUUGGGUUUCAUUUCCACUUCGCAAAGCUCUAUCUUUGUUCACAUGCAUUCCGCGGUGUACCAGCCCUCGAGAAUGCGACACAAUAUUUUUCUCCCGAGUUGGAAGAGAUCGCUAAUUCUGGUGUCCUUUCCGCCAUGUCGAUUCUUCGAGUCAUUGUCUCGGACCCGGAAUUUCGCUCCUUUAUGAAUGGUCUCCCUCUUUACUUCGACACGAUGCUUGCAUUCGCGGUGGUCUUUCUGUUGAAGGUGGCUACCAAGUAUGCAGCUGUGAUCCGGAUCGACACGGAAAAAAUCAUAUCCCUUGUUUCUCAGACAGUAUCUGCCCUUCGAGAAAUAACCCAGCCAAUGCAUCGGCAGCACUUGCUAGUCACAAUCGCAGAAGGUCUGGAGAAACUUCUCUACAAAUGCUCAGCUCCAAUGCAAUCAACCAACGAGGGAAUAAUGUAUCAGCCGUCCCCAGCAAUGGACCCACAUGCCCAGUUCGAUACAGCCUGGAUGGAAAAUAUGGCGAGCUUUGACUUCCAGACCAGUUUUCCCGAUCUAGAUGAAUGGUGGCUUCAUUAUAAUGCGGCAGUAGGGUCUAGUGCACGGGGCAUGCCAUUGGGCUCAUAA